ACCCUUGAGCUGGAGUAUCUUCGCCUACGAAUACCGAAUGAAAACAUCGUUGUUUUUGGCGAGAAGCGCAAACUUGCAGGAUCAUUAAUAACAUCUUGCUAUUCUAACUUCAGCAAUAUCAUGAGUCGAACCAAGAUAAUCACUAGGAAAUCGGGUCCUAAGACUCUAUUACCGAAAAAAAAGUCUCUGUCCACGACGUCAACUUUACUGGAAAAUGACACCAGCUUAUCAAUUGAAAAAGAUGUAGUCAAAUUAGAUAAAUUCGACUGCCUCCCUGAUGUGUCUUCCGACCCAACAUGCGAUAAGGUUUUGCAGGAGGAAGAAGAAAAGGCACGCUGUGCCAAUGAUCGUGCCGAACUUCAAAGACACAAGACCCUUGCCGGCAAGAGGAAAGCACUCCGGAAUGAGAAUAAAGCAGAGAGAGAAAUUAAGGCUAAACAGCUAGACGAUCUUCUCACCAAUUGCGCCAGGUUUUCCGAUAUUCUAACAAAGAAGACUGAAGUUUUGGGGCGCGCAGGCUGUGGUUUAGAUGGAAAGACAUUGGGAGAGCAUAAUCUUGAGAUGGCAACACAACCAAAGUGUAUGAUUGGAGGUCAGAUGAGAGAUUAUCAGCUCGAAGGGCUAACUUGGAUGUUCGAAAUCUGUCUCCAGGGCAUGUCUGGUAUUCUAGCCGACGAAAUGGGCCUUGGAAAAACUAUUCAGACAAUAUCUUUGCUCGCCAAGUUUCGAGAGGAAGCGAAUUACAUGGGACCACAUUUAGUUGUUGCUCCCCUUAGUACACUUUCAAACUGGCAAGAAGAGUUCAAAAAAUGGGUUCCGAGUGUACCAGUAGCUUUUUAUCACGGAGUUCCUAGUCAGAGAAAAGAAAUAUUUCAAAAAAAGCUACAAAAAAACUUCGUUGGAGGUCGGGCCAACGAAAAAUUUCCCGUUGUUCUCACAACUCCUGAGAUUGUGAUAAGAGACGCCUCAGAUUUGUCCAGGAUUAAUUGGGAGAUAAUAAUUAUUGAUGAGGGUCAUCGAUUGAAGAAUUCCGAAUCAAAAUUAUUUCGCAUACUUCGCAACUUCACAUCAGUUACUCGGUUUCUAAUCACCGGCACACCUUUGCAAAAUAAUCUAAAAGAGUUGUGGUCACUCUUAAAUUUUAUAUUGCCGAACAUCUUUGCCAAUUGGGAGCAAUUCGAGUCCUGGUUCGAUUUCAGCGAUCUACAAGAUGAAGAAGGAACGGAAGAAUUUAUACAGGACCAAAUGAAGCAAGAUCUCGUAAGAAAGAUUCAUCUCAUUCUUCAGCCUCUAUUGCUACGCCGUAUUAAAGCAGAUGUUGAGCACUUACUACCGAGAAAAAGAGAGUACAUCUUAUAUGCUCCUAUGACAAAGCAACAAAUAGAACUAUACAAUAUCAUAAGCAACAAAUCAACUGACACUCGGGAAUACCUUGAAUCAAAAGUAGUAGAACGCUUAGAAAAGCACCACAAAAAGUCCUCUCCAGUACGAGAAACUAACCAGACAACCCCCAAGGUCGAAAUCGUAACCAAAAAGAAUAAAGCCUCUGCAGAGAUAUUUGCGGGAAAAGGUGAUGAAACCCGCGAGCCCAUCUACAAGAAAGGCUCGAUUCAACACAUGCUGUUGGGUAGGAAGCGGAAGGCCCAAGAAUCAAUUUCGCUACCAGCCAAAAGGGUAGCGAAAUCAGAUCCCUCACCUUCCCCGACCUUUCCCAAAAGAGCUCAGAGGACCAGAAAGAAAGUAGAAUAUAUCGAAGCGCCUAUGUAUGAGGAGGAAUCACUAAGUGAUGGCGAGUUUGAGGCCAAAUUAGCUCAAGAAAUGUCAAUGGCAGAUAAAGCAUCCACUAUCAGCGAAAACACCGAAGUGACGGAAAGAAGCAAGAUAACAGAAAUAGCAAAACGAGAAAUUUCUAUCAAGAAACUUGGAAACCCACUUAUGCAACUACGACUCACAUGUAACUCUCCUCACAAUUUUUAUAAAGCAUGGAAUACCGAUGAUGGACAGGAUAUAGAUGAAACGAUAGUCAACUCGUCGGGCAAGAUGCUCUUACUUGAUCGUUUAAUCCCGGAACUUUUUAAGCGAGGUAGCAAGGUUCUUGUAUUUUCUCAAUUUAAGACACAGCUUGAUAUCUUAGAAGAUUAUGCGCAAUAUUUGCGCAACUGGAAGCUAUGUCGGAUCGAUGGAAGUGUUGCUCAAGAAGACAGGCAACAACAGAUCAACUUGUUCAACAACGACCCAGAGUACAAGCUUUUCCUACUCAGCACACACGCCGGUGGACAAGGAAUCAAUCUGACGAGUGCGGACACAGUGAUUUUGUACGACAGUGACUGGAACCCUCAGCAAGACCUUCAGGCACAGGAUCGUGUACACAGAAUUGGCCAAAAAAAACCUGUUAUUAUUUAUCGUCUAGCUACUCGAGGUACUGUGGAAGAAGCCCUUCUCCUCUCUGCAGAUGCCAAGCGUCGAUUGGAAAAACUAGUCAUCAAAAAGAGGGGUCUUGUAAACAUGAGCACAAAGUCUGAUGCAGAUGAGAGACUCUCGUCAGCGGAAAUGAAAGCUCUCCUCCUCAAAGACGGACAAGCUUAUCAGUACCGUGGUGGCGAACAAAUCCUCAGCGAAGCAGAUCUUGCCAUACUAUGUGAUCGUAGCGAAACAGCUUACAGUCGGGCCGAAGAAGGACGUGAUAGCAGUGAAGGAUUCAUGGUCGUCGCAACUCGCGCUAGUGGUAUCAUUUCUAUUGCGGAGCAGAACAAGCUACCUAAGUAA